GUCGUUUUGCAGCUAACUGAAGGGUUUGUGCACGCAGAACCAGCUUUAAUUAUUUUUUCAAAAGUACUUUGAGCUGUGUAACAGUGGAAAACAAUCAACGAAAAAAAUCUAAAUCUAUGUUGCUUUUAAACGUACCCCUUGUUGAAGUGCAAGUUGACAAGCUGUCCCUGAAAUCAAUGCCACAAUGAAUUAGGAUGACGUGGACUGCUGUUUGGCUUGGUGUUUCUUCAACUGUGUACCAACUCUCUGGGCAAAACACACCAUAGGCCAUUAUAUGGAACAAGAAAGAUGAAUAAAAAUAAACUGAUUCAUGAUUUCCUGGAAGUAAUUUCAAGAGGUGAUGUGGAACUCAUCUGUGACCAUAUUACUAAAGUCCAUUCCAUCCUUGGAAACCUUGACUUUCAGCAUCCAAAGACUGGGAAUACACCACUCAUUACUGCAGCAGAAGAAAAUCUAACAGAGGUUGUUGGAUUUCUUCUGGAAAAGGGAGCAGAUAUCACCCUUUGCAAUUACAACAACAAAACCGCAGUGCAUGUGGCUAAUUGCAAAGUCCAAAGACAACUCUUGGCCAUCAGUGGAAUGCAGGAUCCCCAAAUGCAGCUUCUACAAAGUUCGUGGCAAGGCGAUCUUGAACAACUGCAGCACUUGUUGGCAUCUGAAGAGUUCCUGGAUAUAAAUUUCUCAAACCAACAUGGCUUGACCCCUCUGAUGCUGGCUGUGAGAGACGUGGACCUGUUUGAGAGUCUCGAUAUGUUAACAGUAUACAGACCUGUGGAGGUUCUGUCUGAGCUUCUCAGGCACCGCGCAGAUCCUAAACUCUGUGAUUUUGGUGGAAAAUCAGCAAUACAUUAUGUGUCACAAUUAGAGAGUUUUAAGAAACAGCAGUUAUUGAACAUUCUAAUGAAUUCUAUGCCAAAAGAAGGGAGACAUGCUGAAUCAUUGCUUGACGUUUGUCAUGAUACAAACUCUUCUCCAACUGAUAUGACAGUUACUAAAAACCAAAAUAUACUCUUGCAAAGCAUCAGCAGCAGUGAGGAGUUUGCCCAAGACGAUGACUGCAGUCAUUCCAUAUUGAUUUGUGAAGAAGGAGAUCCCCGUGGUGAUGGACAAGAUUGGCAGCCCGGGGCCGAAGGUGUCGAGAUUGUUGUUACUUUUCCAAAAGAUGUCCGUUGCCCCCAAGAAACGAGCCAAGAAGAUUUGAAAGAAAACAAUCAGACAACCACAGUGCAUCAGGAACGGGCACAAGCACAUUCUGCUUCUCUUCCAAAUGAAAUGAAGAUGAUGGACGUCAGGACAAAGAUGCCAGGCAUGCAGCCUUCACUUCUGAAGAAAGAGGCAAGUUACAAGGAGCUCUGUGAUGAAAACUUGGGCUUUUUGGAGCCAAGACCUUGCUUGGAACCAAACAUUUCCAAAUCUGUCGUCAGAGAAGAUGUUCCUCCCUUUCUGAAGGGCCAGCAAAGAAAAUCUGAAGAUUUUUCUACCUCUGAUAUGAAGUACAAUAGCCGAAGAACUGAGCUCCCUCUGCCACCAUUGUCAUUCUUGCCCAUGAGACCUGGUCUCCUUACUAUUCCCCCAAAUCACAAGGAUCAAAAAGAGAGAGAAAGAAAUAUCCCAAAUGUCGUAUCCUUCGUGCCUACAUUCUCAGAGUCUGUUAGUCAAUCUGAUGAGUUUAGACCAUCAAACAAGCAACAGGAAGCCCCACCGAAGGUGUUUGUGGAUCAGACCCUCAGGUCUUCUGAUAACUUUAUUUGGUCUAGAAACAUGUGCUCUUUUUGGAAGGCUAACCAUCACAGACAACACCUGGAGAUGGAGGAGAAUAGGAAAUCUAAGGCAACAGAAGAAUGUGACAAAAUUCAAAUCUCUCACUGCGAAAAAGGGCAGUCUUCAGUGUCCUUCGAGAAUUUUAAGGAAAGAAGUUUUCCUACAGAUAGGGAAGUGGAUAUUGACUGCCAUGGUAGUGAAAUGAGGAAAACAGAAGAACACUCUCAACAUUUUUCAUUAGGAAAUGAGGAGGGUUCAGUAGCCAGAAACUAUAAACAAAAUUCAGAAGCUGGAUGCACCAUACAAAUCAAGUUCCAAGAAGCCCAGCAGUCAGAGAUAACUCUAAAGGAUAAAGAGACUAGAAAUGAUAAAGCUGAUUCAAAAAGUGCUUCAGUAUAUAAAGGUGAAGUAAUUGAGCCAAAUCAUAUUUUAGAAGAGUUUACUGUACUUAAAAGUUUAUCCAAUGUAGUCCCUGAUGGCCCCAUUGAAAAGCUCCCAGAAGAUCAUAACGGCAUGGAGACACACACAAAAAUGUCAAUACCAGAGGCAACCAAACCAGAAAUGAAUGGGAUGGUGCCUCUUAUCCACGUCACUUUCCCUGGAGAUGGACCUCCCAAGGAACCGGCAAUAGCCAAACCAAGCCUCCAAAAAAGAAAGGGCACCUUUCGUAACAACAAUAGCUUCAACAUACUUGCACACCAAGAAAAUGACAUGCAUAAGAUGAAAAACCACAGAAAUAAGUUGGAUUCAAAAACCAAGAACAGUCACAGGACACCUCAGAAUUUCAUGAUUUCCAUUGACAGUUCCAUUAAGCCCACCAUGCAUAAAACAAGUAUUAAAACUCAGAUUUUCCCUGCUUUGGGGAUUGUUGACCCCAGACCUCGGCAAUCACCAAAGUUUCAAAGGAGAAUGCCACAGAUAGAAAAGAAGCAAUCAACUUACCGGGCUCUGAAACCUAAAAAGCAGUCAUUUCCUUGCAUCUGUAAAAAUCCAGGAACAAAAAUGUCUUCAGUUCCUCUCCCUAUUCAACCAACAGAGCCAAGACUAAAUUACCUAGAUCUUAAGUAUAGUGACAUGUUCAAAGAAAUCAAUUCAACUGCUAAUGGACCUGGAAUCUAUGAAAUGUUUGGGACCCCUGUUUAUUGUCACAUGCGAGAGGCUGAACGGCAUGAAAACAAACAUUACCGAGAGAUAUGCUCAGCUCCAUCAGGCAGAUGUAUCACCAAUAAAUGCCGAUCUUCACACAAUGAGAGGAGCAGCAAUAGCAGAGCAAGACUUUCUCAGAAAAGACCACAUGCUAAACCCCCAAAGGCUUUGCUUGGAAUUAAACAAAAGCACACAAGUUUGAUUUUUAAAGAAAAGGGUUGUAAGGCCGUAGGUAGCAACCUACAAGACAUUGAAAAUGGUGGUGGUAUUUCAGAACUAGAGUGGCAGGUAAAGUCUUCAGGAAAUGACUUUCUAUCUUCCAAAGAUGAAGUUCAGCCCGUGAACUUUGCUCAGACCCAUGAGCAGUCAAUUGAACAGAACGAAUUCCUUCCUGUCUCAGGUUUGUCCAUUGCUGAAGAAGUCUCUAUGGAAGAGUCUGCAGAUGAAGGAGACAUUUCUAACAAUCAGAUACUUGCCACAAGCCUCAGAGACCUGCAUGAACUUGAAGAGGUACGUCACCAGAUGUACCUUUUGGAAAACAGCUGGGCAGUGCCCAGCGAGAAGAGUUCCAACAAGCAUGUACUGCAAGAAAAGCAGAAUACAGCAUCUCUUGGUAAAAUAAAUGCCAACCAAAUUUUUACUAAUGAUGUCGAGUUUGACAGUGUCUCAGGGAAUUCUAAAACACUUAUUUUCCAAGAGGGACAAGAAAGUGCAUCUUCCCAAGCAUAUCAACUUUGGGCACAUUCUUUGGAUCAUGAUUGGUUAGGUAAUAAGACAAUUACACACCAAAUGUUUGGGAAAAGUAUAAAUGAUGCAAAUUCAAUUUCCCAAGAAACACUAGACUCUAUAAAGAAUGAAGAAUUGACAGAUGAACUAUUAGGGUGUCUAGCUGCAGAACUAUUAGCUCUUGAUGAGAAAGAUAACAACCCUUGCCAGAUAAUGGCCAAUGAAACAGAUCCUGAAAACCUAAAUCUUGUCUUCAGUAGGAGAGGAAAUACCAUGCAAGAAUUGGGCAGAGAGACAACGAAUGUCCAAACACAGAGACAUAAUAAUGGGUUCAGGAUAUAUGACAAGGAGGAGAAUUUUCUCAAUGAAAAGAAGGUAUUUUCUGAAAAUAGUUUAAAGUAUGAAGAACCUAUCCUGUGGACCAAGGGUGAGAUCCUUGGGAAGGGAGCCUAUGGCACAGUAUAUUGUGGUCUAACUAGCCAAGGACAGCUAAUAGCUGUAAAACAGGUGGCUUUGGAUACCUCUGAUAAAUUAGCUACUGAAAAAGAAUAUCAGAAACUGCAAGAAGAAGUGGAUUUGCUCAAAGCAUUGAAACAUGUCAACAUUGUGGCCUAUCUGGGGACAUGCUUGGAAGAGAACACUGUAAGCAUUUUCAUGGAGUUUGUUCCCGGUGGCUCCAUCUCUAGUAUUAUCAAUCGUUUUGGGCCGUUGCCUGAGAUGGUGUUCUGUAAAUAUACAAAACAAAUUUUGCAAGGCAUUGCUUAUCUCCAUGAGAACUGUGUGGUGCAUCGAGAUAUCAAAGGAAAUAAUGUCAUGCUCAUGCCCACAGGAAUAAUAAAGCUGAUCGACUUUGGCUGUGCCAAACGUUUGGCCUGGGCUGGCUUAAAUGGCACACACAGCGACAUGCUCAAGUCCAUGCAUGGGACGCCAUAUUGGAUGGCCCCCGAAGUCAUCAACGAGUCCGGCUACGGAAGGAAGUCGGACAUCUGGAGCAUUGGCUGCACUGUGUUUGAGAUGGCCACAGGGAAGCCUCCACUCGCGUCCAUGGACAGAAUGGCGGCCAUGUUUUACAUCGGAGCGCACCGAGGGCUGAUGCCUCCUUUGCCGGAACACUUCUCAGAAAACGCAGCAGACUUCGUGCGUGUGUGCCUAACAAGGGACCAGCAUGAGCGACCUUCUGCUGUUCAGCUCCUGAAACACUCCUUCUUGAAGAGAAAUCACUAAACAUACAUCAAGACUUUCCACUUGCAUUAUAGAUACUGAUAUUACUUCAUUGUGGGGAUGAUGGUGAAGGGACCCUUGUUUUCCUACUGGAAAGCCAAUCUAAUCCAAUUUAACCAGAUCCUGUAGUGUCACUAACUGAAAAGUUUGUUGCAUACUAGUCUCCUCAAGCUUCAGGCACAAUUACUUAUAUAUGUGAAAAAAUUUUCUUAAACAGUAACAAAGAAACCUAUUCCAGUGUUUACAGUUUUGACUAUCCAGGAACUAUAAUCUCUAUUGCUUUUACAAUAUUUCAUUUUUGGCCCGUCAAUUUUAAUGUCAUUAGUUUUAAAAUAAAUUGUAAAAACAAAAGAAGUUUUCCUGCUUGGUAUGUCAGAACGCUUAUCUAGGUUUUAUAAAGGGGACUUAAGAAAGGUAAGAAGUUAAAAGGAGUAGAGAGGUGCUAGAUUCUGCUUACUUUGGCGGCAGUCUUAAACUUGCAGAUUACAGGAGCUUCAAGGUUAAAAGGAAGAGCUAAGGGCCUGGGUAUUUCAUUAUCAGAGGGUCCCCACACUCCUCAGAAGUCUCCACCUACAAAAAGCUGGGUUAUUUAAGGUGGCUUCAUAAACCUCAGGCUGUUUUCCCUGUAAUUUCAAGUUAUGAAUUGAGGUCUUCACUUAUUUGCAGAGUGAAUUAGGUCAUUACCACAUCUAGAACUAACAAAACCUAAGCCAGGUAGGAUAAAAGCUACCUGUCUUAGUAUAACUUUGGAAGGAUAAAAGCUAGAUCAGGUAAGGAGAGCGUGGGUCAGCAUAUAAACGUUUUCAGGGCACUUUGCUCACUUUACCUGAAGGAAGGACAUCCCCAGAUGUCCCUUUCAUUUCUAGCACAUUGGUAAACUUCACAAAACUGAACACAGACAAGUUGUCAAAAUUAUUACAAGCCCUUAUUUUAAGUUGGUGGAUGAAGCAUUUUAGUAAGAUUUCCAUUGCUGUCACCUCAUGCAUCUAAAUUUCAUUGACUCCUAUUGUUUUAAGCUAUGUCUACAUACGGAUUUUUUUAAAAAAAAAAUUUCAAGAUGGUACAACUCCAAACUAAUUUUAGGUAUAUUCUAACACCAGUUGGCAGGCUUUGUUAAAAUCGAACUGCUGCUUCAAACUUUUGAGAAAUAAACGUGAAAAGCAGUCCAUAUGAGAUAGAACACAUUUUACUUUGGCCAAUAUGUUUAGAUGGGUCUUUGUGGGUAUAUCUUCCACCUUUCUCUUCAAUUUGUACAGUUCUUUUCUCAUUAUUUGAUAGAAAUUUAAGGGGU